UUCUUCCUCUUCUUCUUCCUCUUCCUCUUCAAAUUGAAUAGCAGUACUUGGUGGCCUCUUUGAGCCAAAUUCAAAAUGAAACUGAAAUUGAUCUUUAGAGCCUGAUUUUAUAAUAUGAUGUUGUAUUUUUUGUUGUUCUUCUAUUUCUUCCAGAUCAGAUGGUGAUUCGGAGUCACUCAUUAUAUUCAAGUCAUCAGAACCAUUAUCGUCGUCAUCAUUAUCUCUGCUAUUACAAUGUUGAUUUUGUUUCUCAUUAAUAAUUUCAUUUUCAGAGGAAGGAGAAUGAUAAGGGAUUUCGCUUUCGUUGUUGGUAAUAUAAGCCUCUAUGGAUUGUUUCCUAGGAACAUUGUUCAUUCUAUUCCACAUGGCUGAUGAAGGAGUGAUAGUAGUAGUAACUUUAGCGCAAACAACAUUCACAGUUGAGGAAGAUAUAGCAUGCGAUUUCUUUACGAAUUGUUUUGUAUCUAAUACUGGAUUAAUAAUGUAUUUUUUUUCUCUAAUUUCUAAGGAAACUUCACCAGAUCUGAUAUUGAGAUUAUGCAUAAGCCAAUAUCCUCAAUAAAGGAGACUUUUUUUUUUUUGUUUAGGUAAUGACCCUAUCUUUUUUUUUUAUUAAUAUUUUUCGCUUUAUUUCUUUUCUUUUCCUGUCUAGUAUGUAUGUAUGUAUGUAUGUAUAUAUGUAUGUAUAUAUGUAUAAAUAUAAAUAUAAAUAUAGAUACAAAUAUAAAGAUAUAAAAGAAAAG